AUGUCCCGUGCCGACAGAUGUUUCAACUUCACAGACGCCCUUCCAGACACAGGGCCCUACCAACCUGGCUGGUGUGGCGUCGCGAUAUCUCAGCAGAUCAUGAAAAACAACAACACGCCCUAUCAAGCUCUCACACAAUGCUGCACGAGCGGCCAGUACACUCUUUGGCCCGAGACCUACAACCGCAACUAUCCUGAAAAGUGCUUUGCAUACUGCAAAACUUUCAAUCAGACUCAGCUUCAGCAAGUGGGCCGGUGUUUGGAUGCCAACGUCGGAAGUCAUGGUUGCGCCUCAGGUGGGCCUCACGCAGUCAUGCUGAGCUGGAGCACCCUGCUCCUCUCGGUGUUGCUCAUGUCUGUCAUGCUUGGGCAAUAG